ACGCGCGCGCUCCCGAGCUGCCAGCGCGGUGACGUUGCUAGAAGGAGGAAGUGAAGCGUUCUUCCAUAAUGGCGGAGGUGAGAAAGAAGCCGAGGUUCAGGAGGUGAAGGGAACGCUCGCUACAUCCAUCCCCGGCUCGGGUGUGUAUGAUCGGGGGGGCCGGACGUGCGUCAGCAUCACGUGACUUAGCGCCGCCCUGGAGGUCCCAGCCAGAGUCCUCUUCAGCAGAAUGACUGAUCACCCCAUCUCUUCAUUACAUCCUGACGUUACAAGAAAGCCAUGGAUGAGAUGAGGUAACUGCCGAGCCGUCACCAGAUCCCCCUUUUCAAUGGAUACAAAGUACAAAGAAGACCUCUUCAGAAAAUAUGUACAGUUCCACGAGUCCAAACUGGAAGCCUCAGACAGCAAACAGCGAGCCAUCAGCGAUGAGUACCUACGUACAGCCGCUUCGGCCUUACUCAGCCUCCCCAAAAUCGACCCCGCUCAUCGAUUCCGGCUGAUCCGCUUCUAUGACGUGUGCGAGAAUUCUCUCAAAUCCCUGCGGACUUCCAAUCUGCGCUCACUUCACAAUGCUGCGGCUUUACUGGAGACUGUCGGUAUUAAUCUUUUCCUUUAUCCCUGGAAGAAAGAAUACAAGAAUAUCAAGACUUACACCGGGCCAUUUGUUUACUACGUUAGAGCUGCUUUAAUUGACGACGACAUCAGGCAUAUAUUAAACAACAUGGGCUACGUUCAAGAAUACGGCACGGUCUACAGGCUUAAAGACCAUGUGGACACCACACAAGUCAAAAGAGUGGCUUUUGAGCUUUUUCUGGCACGAGUGGAAUGUGAGCUUCUGCUGGAAAUUUACUUGCAAGUCAAGGCUAAAGGCUACUUGGAAGUAGACGUGGUGAACGAGCGGAAGAACAGCAACGAGGACGUGAGGGGCUGCACGGACGAAAUGAAGAGGCGGUCAGAAUGUAAAGAGAGCCUGAACAUAUCAAUGAAUAGGAUGGUCCUUCAGAAGUCAGCCAGCGAGAGAGCGCCAUCUAAGGACUAUUUAAAACAAAAGGUCACAAAGCCAUCGAAAUCGGUCGACACAUACGACAGCUACUGGGACAGCAAAAACAAGUUUCCUUUGUCGGCCCCACUGAGCUUGAGAAAGGAGCCCAUUCUGGUAGACCCAGAAGAUGACCUCAAGGAUGAGAUUAUCCGCCCCUCGCCGUCUUUACUGGCCAUGUCCAGCUCUCUGCACGGCUGCUCCGACGAAUUUUUAAAUAUUUCCUCCAACCCCAACGGACUGAUCCGAGCAAACCACACCUACGGUUAUUACCCUGCUGACGAUGAGGUUGAUUUAUACACCGACAUGGAUUCUAGAAUGGUCGGCGUGAAGCGGCAGGAACUUGCCAAACCCGACGUCUGGCUCUUUGAAAACAAGAUGAAUCCGUCUCAUCACAAGCGUUCGCUUUUAGCCAAAGAGACAGUAUUCAUGAAGUGCCAAACCUGCGGCUUGUCUUCUGGUGGUCCCUUAUGCCAAAAGUGCGAAAGCUUGCUUAUGUAUCCUACGCUCAAGCAGAGCAACCUGUCUAUCAAUACUUCGGCUCAAAUUGACGGUUACUCCUCGGGUUCGGGGCUGCGCGAGAAGUCUCCUUACGUCGGUUCGUCCCAAGACCCGUCGUCUCAACCGAACCCCAAAAUGAAGUUUUCUUCUUCUUCGUCUUCUUCUCUGCGCUGCAGUUUCUGCAACAGGCCCGGUGCCUCUCUCACCUGCACAGUCUGCUCCAAAGUUUCCUGCGAAGCUUGCGUCGGCGCUUACACUCGCGAUUACUGCUGCCGGAAAAGCGAAUAUCAUAAAUUUGCACCAAACAAUCAGCUAAAUUACAAAUCCUCCCAGCUAGCCCACCUUGUGUACAGAUAAACUUUUUUUUUUUUCAUUUUUCUUUUUUUCUUUUUUUUUUUUGUAAGGGCUAAAAGGACUUGGACCUCGAGACUGAAUAUAUCCUACUGACUGCUUGAACAAAAAAAAAAAUACACACACAACAAACAGGAGUGGAGAGUAUAAUUUUAUCAGUGUUCAAAGUCAUUUGUGAUUCUUGCUGCUACACCAUGGUGCAAUAAAUCCUUACGGGCUUGCUAUCUAAAUUAAAAUUUGGAGGUAAAGUGAUAAAAGAUGGUUUUAUUUAAAUGAAAAUAUGUUGUUUGAUUUUCUUAAACAGGAAAACAAAAGCCAAUGUAUGGUUUUUGUUUCUGGUGUUAUAAAAUAUUAGCUGAACAAUCUAUUCUCCUCCUAGUUACAAAAUUGCAUUUAAUUUGUAUAGCAAGCAAGCACUCCCCAGGAUUUAAGUAAGCGUGUGUCAAAGCUCAAUUCUAAGAGAUAUUUUUUUAUUUUACAGAGGUAUAUACCAGAAUUAUAUCUAGCCCCCCUCUUUCCUGCGUAACUGAUUGAUUUUUUUUUUUUUUUUCAACUUAAAUAUUUAUGCAAUUGUAACCUUUGUAAGGGACUUCUAAAUGAAUCUACAUUAGCUGUACCUGUCUGGUUUGCAUGCGGUGAUCCUGCGAAGUGGCCUUCGAGAUUCAGUGUCUGUUCUUUCUGAGAAGGCCGUGCCCUCCCCUUUUUUUUUUUUUUUUCUCCCCCGAUCUAUGGCCGUUUAACCAUCUACACUGUAAGCUGUUGGAGCUGAGAAACAAUGUAUUUAGUCUGUGUCCUUGCAGAUAAAAGGCUAGUUUAUAAAAUUGCACAAAACAAAGUUUAUUUGUGUUUAAAAAAAAAAAA